AAACGCCCCUGCUUGGCUGCUGAUCUUCUUCUUACGCAAGAAAAAAAAAAAGGAUCAAGGUCAGGCGGCGUGCGGCGAGUUUUAUUGAGAGGCCAGGGUUCGUUGCGUGCCGGACCGUGUCGCGAGUCCCGAUGGCGGAGCCGGCGAAGCCCGAGGUGACGGAGGAGGCCAAGAUGGACCUGCUCGAGGACGACGACGAGUUCGAGGAGUUCGAGAUCGACCAAGAGUGGGAUGACAAGGAAGAAGGCAACGAAGCACUUCAGCAAUGGGAGGAUGACUGGGACGACGAUGACGUCAACGAUGACUUCUCGCUGCAGUUGAGGAAGGAGCUGGAGAGCAAUGCGCCCAAGAAGUAGCCAACAUAUGCAGCCUUGUAUCGAGUUGGAGAGUGGUGUGAUGGUGUCCAAGGACUAGUUGGCGUAUGCAGCCUUGUAUCCAUUAUUGUCAGAUAGGGACUGGUGUACGGUGACGAUGGUUGGGACACUGCUACUGUUGUUCGGCGCUCGUCCUUCUUGGCAUGGUCACUGAUUUAGUCGUUCCGCUUGCUUUUGAUGGAUCAUUUCCCUGUUUCCGUCUACUAAUAACUGAUGCACCUUGGUUAAAAGGCAGCGAUGAGAAUUGUAUGCUACAUAUGCGCUGUUCGUUUGUACAAUUCCUGACGCACCAUAAGAAACGCUGCCAGGAGUGUUGCUCUAA